UAAGUUUCGGUUCAGACAUAACUAACGUUUAUUUACGCUCGAACACUGCAAGUGCUAGCAACAACUUGGCUAAAUCGUCGCGAAAUCAAACAACCAACUCGUGUCUAAGAAGUGUCUGUGUUUUCUCUAAUUUUCGGUGAAAAUUUGAAUUUCUUCGAAACAAAUCGAAAAUAAAAAUAAUAUAAGCAACAGAAAUUCUUAGAGAAGCAGUUUUAAGUGAAGUUUUAUUUGUUAAAUUCCUGUGAAUAAAACAAAUUCAAAUUACAGCCAGCUAAGAAAAGAGUAUUAAACAAAAUAAAAAUGGUGGAAAAACUCGACAUGUCGGCCGUAGUUGGUGUUAAAGAUAUCACAGACAACAAAAAGAUCUGGCGACAGUUGAUGGCCGAACUUAUCGGCACCUUCUUUUUGGUGGUCAUUGGUGUUGGCAGUUGUACAGGUGGCUCAGAAUGGAGUCCAUCCAUACCACAAAUUGCAUUCACAUUCGGCUUGACAGUGGCAACAUUGGCUCAGGCCAUCGGACACAUCAGCGGUUGUCACAUAAAUCCGGCUGUUACCAUUGGCUUCCUGAUUGUGGGUGAAAUGAGUAUUCUUAAGAGCGCCCUCUACAUUGCCGUACAAUGUGUGGGAGCAAUUGCCGGAGCUGCUGUUAUUAAGGUUGGUGUAUCUGAAGUUGUGUCGGGUGCUAGCUUGGGUGUUUCUGGAUUUUCCUCCACAAUGACUGUGGGUCAAGCAGUAUUAAUCGAAGCCUUGAUUACAUUCAUUUUGGUCAUUGUUGUCAAGGGUGUCUCGGAUCCCGGUCGCAGUGACAUCAAGGGCUCAGCCCCCUUGGCUGUGGGUCUUUCCAUUGCAGCUGGCCAUUUGUGUGCUAUUAACCUAACCGGUGCCAGCAUGAAUCCAGCCCGUUCCUUUGGUCCAGCUGUGGUGCAAAACAUUUGGACCGAUCACUGGGUCUACUGGGUGGGCCCAUUUGCCGGUGCCAUCGUAGCCGCUGUGUUGUACAAACUCGUUUUCAAAGUACGCAAGGGUGACGAUGAAGCCAAUUCUUACGACUUCUAAACGAAUUUAGUGAAUUUUCAGUGGCAAAAAAUAAAAUAACAUCAACUCGAUAUUUAAAACAAGCAAAUCGGCAAUAAACGUAUCCACAUAAAUCAGAUUUUAGCUAUUUAUUCGCUUUCUUUAUAAGAAACCCCCAAAAAUCCAAAGCUAAAUAAGAAUUCUAAAUUCUAAUUCCAAAAGAAAACAAAUUAGUUAAAAUUGCCGUUAAAUUGUAAAUUAUUGUUAAACGAGAAAUGUUAUUUCAUAAAACAAAAUUCACAUUACAACAUUUUAUUAAGCGGUUGGAAACGGCUAUAAGGAGCUGUGGUACGGAAACCCAUGUAUUAUUCUUAUAAUUUUUAAUUCUAUCCAUAUAGAAGCAUUCCAAGGGUUUCAUAUGAAUUAUGGUUUGUAAUAAAAAUUAUUUGUUAUAAGAAUACAAAUAUGUCAAAAAUGUAUUUUGUAAGACAUUCAAAUUCAAAAUCCCUUAUUUCCAGAGGUGUCCAGUAACCAGAGUUCAUUAUAACCGUUUUCUCAUUUCCACACACAAUUUGUUUGUAAUUAUUUUUUUUUUUGUCAUUAAUUGUCGUCGUUAUUUAUUGUUAAAUUUAUUUAGUUUUAAAUCGAAACAUAAAAAACUUACUUUUCUCCCUCUCUCCCAAUCAAUCCUAACUCCUUCCACACAUUGUAUUUUAAACUAAAAUAUAAAUGCUUAUAUCUACAAUUAACUGUUUAAGAUAUGAUUGUAAAAAAUAUAUAUAGAAAAAAAAAAUAAUAAAAUGUUAUUGGAAUUUUAUUGAGCAAGAAUUCGAAAUUCUCGAAAUUAACACAUAUAUUUUGCUAAGAUUUUGCUUUGAUGAAGAGUUUAAUGGUAUUCAAAUAAAGUUGAAAAUUACAAAUAAA